AUGGGCUUCUUCCGCCGUGUGAUGCGUCAUGACGUCAUCGGCGCGCGCCUGAUGUGGUACCGGGAACCCGGAAAUGCUCUGGAGGAAAAAAGGAGGGAGCUUCGGGAUAUGGCUGGUCGUCCGGAAGGGUUGAGGAGAGCCUUUGUGAAAGCUCCUGGGGGGAUCCGCCUUGGCCAUACAGAUAUCAAGAUUCCUGACUUUACAGACUACCGUUGCCCCGAGGUUACGGACCCCAACAAGUCCUCCCAGGAGAGCAGCGAGGCGAGAAGGUCCUUCUCUUACCUCGUCACUGGAGCGACCACUGUGGUUGGUGUGUAUGCCGCCAAGACAGUGGUCACCCAAUUUGUCUCCUCAAUGAGCGCAUCAGCAGAUGUCCUGGCCUUAUCCAAGAUUGAGAUCAAGCUCACUGACAUCCCUGAAGGCAAAAACAUGACCUUCAAGUGGAGAGGAAAGCCUCUGUUUGUCCGUCACCGCACAGAGAAGGAAAUCGCAGCAGAGGAGGGUGUGAAUCUGGCGGAGCUCCGUGACCCCCAGCAUGACAAGGAUAGAGUGAUUAACCCCCGCUGGGUCAUCGUCCUCGGUGUGUGCACCCAUCUGGGUUGUGUGCCCAUCGCCAACGCCGGAGACUUCGGAGGCUACUACUGUCCGUGCCAUGGCUCCCACUACGAUGCUUCAGGACGGAUAAGAAAGGGACCUGCUCCUCUAAACCUGGAGGUUCCCUUCUAUGAGUUCACUGAGGAGGACGUAGUCAUAGUGGGAUAAAUACUGGAGCUGUCUCCGUUCCUCCCUGUAAUAUGUAUUUUUUUAGAUGGCUCCGUGUGAGAGUGACAUAAAACGUGUGUAUUUACUAUUAAAGACAUAUUUCCAACUCUAUGUUUGAGCUAUUGUCUUUUCCCUCGUAAAAAAGUGAGUUUUUCUUUGAUUGUUCUUCAUCACUUAGUGAAUCAAAAGACAUCAAGCUGACAUUUUAUUUUUUGUUUUAAUCUCUAUAGAUUUCUUUCAUUCCGCACUAUUUUUAGUAUUUUCCAAACAGCAUUAUGUAACACAAUGAAUGAGGGCCGGGUGUGAUCAGGUCCAACCCCUUUGCUGCCGCACCAAUCCUGAUAUAUUGUGUUGGAGCUGUGUGAUAAAGUCAAAGGUGGGGCCUGUUACAUGGUUACCUAAAGUUGAGCUGGUAAAAGUGCUCAUACACAUGAACAAGAGGCCUGGGGAGCACAAUGAUUAGGAUAAGAUGAUGGUAUGACCAAGAAAAGCCACCGGCAAUCUAAAAAAGUAUCGACAAGUUGUGAACACAUUCAGGAAUGUGUCGGCCUGUUAAACAACUGGAAGGAACUAUAGAUCGAGAUAAGGAUGUUGUUGGUUUGUGACUCCAAAGAAUGUGUAGAUUGCUUUUUCUAAGGAC